CGAGCUCAGAUUUGGGUCUGACCGCUGGCAGUAAGCAUCAGCGGAGAGAGUCCGAUCUGCGGACAAAUACGAGCUGUUUCCGUGUGUGAAAUGCCGCGUUGUCCUCCAGUGCCUUGGGAAGCUGGUCUGGAAAACCACACGGACCAAUCAGCGCCGGCAGAGCCCACCCCAGCCAACCGGAGCCCACUGCACGGUGAAAGCAGGGAGGAGGGUGACGCUGCAAGCACGAAGGUGGUCGUGAUCGAGGCUCAGUGAUGUAAGUCAGCUUGAUAUAAAGCUCCAGUCACAGCUGCAAGUCCUCUCCAGAUCCGCCUGGCACACAGACAAGACGCAGACGGUGUUCGGGCUUUAACCCGCUGGCGUAGAGGGUCUCGGCGAGAAGCACCGCCGCCGCUUUGCUGGUGUCCCGACGGCUGUAAUGGCCACCAGCGCCAAGAGGCCAUCGCUCGGGGCCGUGGCUCCUCGAAAAAAGACCAGUCCUAAGCCUGAACUGACCGAGGAAAUGAGGCAGGAGAUACGAGAAGCCUUCGAGCUGUUUGACACUGACGGUUCGGGCCACAUUGAGGUGAAGGAGCUCAAGGUGGCCAUGAGGGCCCUUGGGUUUGAGCCCAAAAAAGAGGAAAUCAAGAAAAUGAUCACGGAGGUGGAUAAGGACAACACGGGCAAGAUCUCCUUCAGUGACUUCCUAACAGUCAUGACCCAAAAGAUGGCUGAAAAGGAUUCGAAAGAGGAAAUUCUGAAGGCCUUUAGGCUGUUUGAUGAUGACGAGACUGGCAAGAUAUCAUUUCGUAACCUGAAGCGAGUUGCCAAAGAGCUGGGGGAGAACCUCACCGACGAAGAGCUUCAGGAGAUGAUUGACGAAGCAGAUCGGGAUGGCGACGGGGAAGUAAAUCAGCAGGAAUUUCUUCGAAUCAUGAAGAAAACUUGUUUGUACUGAAAGAGUGGAAUUUUAACGACAUUGAGGCAAGACGGGACCAUCACAUCGAGCACUUCUAUCCCAGAGCAAGUAGAUUUAUCGAGAAUAAUUGAGAUUUUAGACCAAAACAUGCACAAAACAAAUCAGAGUUUACUAAAGCAUCAGUGCAAAGAUGGGAGUGUGAGUAGCACUUGAAACUUAAUAUUAGUCUUAGCUUAAAACUGACAAUACUUUGGCAAGCUGGCCCAGAGUAUCUGGAUGUCUACCGAGGUUAGAUGGUUUACCAAAAUGAAUACACAAAUCUUUCAGUACCUUUUGAAGGAAAUAUGAUACCUUCAUCACUCUAGUGGUCAUCGAUCCUCGUCCUGGAGGAUCUACUUUUGCAGUUAUGAUUCAAACAUGCCUUCGGUUAAUUCGUUGGAGCAGGUGUGCCAGAUUUUGGUUGGACUCCACAGGUCUUUACGGCCAGGCUGGGUGACGACUGCUCUAGAAUGUACCAGAACCUAUUUUAUUUAUCGUUGCUGUCGGAAGAAAAACCUUGUAUCUCCAUUUUUGGUUGUUUUUCGGUUUUUGACAUUGUUUGAAAAUGCCUGUUGCUCUUUACAUUGUAUGUAAAUUUCAUGAAGAAUGGACCAAAAGAAAUGGCCCAAAGCGACUUGGAAAAAAUUCUGGUUCCAUUGACUUACAUUAAAAGUAAAAUACGUUUUUUUCUUCUCCUGUAAAGUUAUCAUUUUGGAGAUACGAGUUUUUCAGCACUAUUUAAUUUCCCCACGUUCCUACAUACAGUCAUUCUCGACAGACCACCUUCUCUUGGAGCUUCUAACCAAUAGUUUGUGAUCAGUGUUACCUUCCGCAGUGCCUAGGACAGCCUUUGGUGGAACAUAGUAAGUUUUGACCUUGGUGUUAACCCUGUCUAAGGGUUUCGAUUUUUUCUCCCCCCUUAACUGUAUGCAGUUCUUUAGCCUGACUGUGACGCUUGCUACUCAUCUGGACGUACUUUCAGGGAGCUCUUUUGUGUAUAAACUUCGUGCUGACCUUGUUUGCCUGAGCUUUUGAAAGAGGAACGUCUUUUUAAGAUCCACGGUGGUUCUGUAAAGUGAUCUUGUGGUUGCGUUUUUCCACUUUGCGUCAGAUGUGUGCCGUUUAUACUGUCUAUUAUACUAUUUAACUAGUAUUAAGUGUUUUGUACAGAGCAAAACUGAUGUGAUGACUGUUUAAAGCAUAAAUAAAAUAUAUCAAGCAGUU